GAGGGAGGGGGGGCAGCGAGGGGGCGAGUAGAAUAGGACCCGGCAGCAGCCACCAGACCGCCCAGCCGCUCUGGCAGUCAGUCCCCCGGCCGCUGCCGUUCUGGCCCCCCUCCACUUUUCCCUCCCCGCCAGGGUCCCCGCUUCCUAGGGCUGCCCCAGGACCCGAGGCUCCCGGCGCGCCCCCCUUUGCUCUCUCCUCCCCUCCCCGGCUCCGGGAUUCCCAGGCUCCGGAGCCCGGGCCGGGAAGCCAGCGGGGGGCCGCUGGGCAGGGAAGGAGGAGGCUGGCGGGUCUCCGAAGUCGGCCCCAAGUUACAUGUGGGAAGCGGUGGCUGUGACGCAAGUUUCCAGGGGGCCCUGGGCUCGGAGGGAGCGCGCCAGAGCGGCUCCACUUCGUGCAGUUGCAAUCGUGAAAAAGGAAAAGCCCCGAGCAGCACCCCAGGCCGCCGUUGCCGCCGCAUGCCGGGCCCAGCUGCGCGCCCUCCGCCCCCGAAGGCUGCAGAGCGCGCAGACCCUGCACCGGGCAGUCCCCGCCGGACCCCGGCCGCGCGGACUGGGGCUCCCUCGCGGUGGCUGGCUUUUUUUUUUUUUUUUUUUGCAACGCUUGCCAACCUGUCAGCUGAUGGACCUCAUCACCCAUAGUGGCGCAUGUAGCUCGGCCGCAGCUCGCUCCAUUCACCCGCUCCCCACGAGCCCGCCCGUGGCCCCCAGCUCCCGGCUCCCGGCGGGAGGCCUGCAGACCCCCGCUGCCACCCGCCACAGGGGGCCCGUGCCCCUCUCGCCCCGGCCUCGCGCCGCCCGGGGGGCGCUGCAAAUAGUCCUUUGUUUACAUGCAAUUCCUUACUCCGCGGAAGGAGGCCGGGGGAGUGCUGAGUUUUCACCAGCUGUUUCCCGCCUUGAAACAGACAUCUGAUCAGCUGCAAACACACACACACACACACACAUACACGCGCCCGGGGAGGCAGGCCGGAGAGACCUCCCUCCCGCCCCUCCCGCCCGCCUCCCUCCCCUCGCCGCCGCCGCCGCCAGCAUCUGGGACCGGCCGAUUCUGCACCUCCGUCCGGCGCUGCCCUUUGAUUCGGAUUUCCAUCUUGCAUUCUCCGGCGGACCGCGGGACCCGGCUCGUGCAGAGGAGGGGGGCCGAUCGCUAUGGAGUAUUUCAUGGUGCCCACUCAGAAGGUGCCCUCUUUGCAACAUUUCAGGAAAACAGAGAAAGAAGUGAUAGGAGGGCUCUGUAGCCUUGCCAACAUUCCACUGACCCCUGAGACUCAGCGGGACCAGGAGCGGCGGAUUCGGAGAGAGAUUGCCAACAGCAACGAGCGGAGGCGCAUGCAGAGCAUCAACGCGGGUUUCCAGUCCCUUAAGACCCUCAUCCCCCACACAGAUGGCGAGAAGCUCAGCAAGGCAGCCAUUCUCCAGCAGACGGCAGAGUACAUCUUCUCCCUGGAGCAGGAGAAGACCAGGCUCCUACAGCAGAACACACAGCUCAAGCGCUUCAUCCAGGAGCUGAGUGGCUCAUCCCCCAAGCGACGACGAGCAGAGGAUAAGGAUGAGGGCAUUGGUUCGCCAGACAUCUGGGAGGACGAGAAGGCGGAGGACCUGCGGCGGGAGAUGAUCGAGCUUCGGCAGCAGCUGGACAAGGAGCGCUCGGUGCGAAUGAUGCUGGAGGAGCAGGUACGCUCGCUGGAGGCCCAUAUGUACCCGGAAAAGCUCAAGGUGAUUGCACAGCAGGUGCAGCUGCAGCAACAGCAGGAACAGGUGCGGCUGCUGCAUCAGGAGAAGCUGGAGCGGGAACAGCAGCACCUACGGACCCAGCUCUUGCCCCCUCCCGCCCCCACCCACCACCCUACGGUGAUUGUACCAGCGCCGCCACCCCCUCCAUCCCACCACAUCAACGUCGUCACCAUGGGCCCCUCCUCGGUCAUCAACUCUGUUUCCACGUCCCGGCAAAAUCUGGACACCAUCGUGCAGGCGAUCCAGCACAUCGAGGGUACCCAGGAAAGGCAGGAGCAGGAGGAGGAGCAGCGGCGAGCGGUCAUCGUGAAGCCAGUGCGAAGCUGCCCGGAAGCCCAGGCCUCUGACACCGCCUCCGAUUCAGAGGCCUCGGACAGCGAUGCUAUGGAUCAGAGCCGGGAGGAGCUGGCAGGGACUGGGGGGCUUCCCUGACCACCCCCCAGCCCUCCUCUCCCUUCUGGGGGCUGGAGGGGGCCGGGGCAGCAACAGGGAGUACAUCCAGGCCAGCGAGUGAGGAAUUUUUACAAAAUUAUGACGUCAUUUGGGUCUCUUUUAUGACCUCUUUUUCAAUACUGUAAAUCAACCUUUGAGCAAAGGCCACCCAACCUGUGGCCCCUGGGGCUGGGGUGGUGGGAGUGUGUGGGAGCACCGGGACACCUGGGGCUGGGCCUCGCCCGGGAGGCUGGGGGAGCUAACACUGAGGUGCCUGGCCUCUCUCCGCCAAAAAAGCAUUUUUUCAUUUAAAUAUGUUUUUAAGAACAGGGAAAAAUCAAACAAAACCCCACAUAUUUCUGCCCUCCCCAGAGCCAGCCCUAUGACUGUCAGUUUUUAACUGCCUCCUUACCUCUUAUUUUUUGGUUUUCUUCUUUCUCCUUUAAGCACUUACAUGGGUUGGGGGUCUGGCUGGGUCAGGACUCUCUGGGGAUCUGGGGUCGAAGUUCCUUCUCGGUUGGGGUUUGCUGCUGCCCUUUUGCCCUGCCCUCCCCUCCCCGCCCCAUCUCAGCACUAGGAUUCGCCACUCUCCACCACCAGCCGGCUCUCACUUUUCCCUCCAGGUUUCCCAUCUUCGAACCCCAAAAAUGUCUUUGUCUCUCUUUUUGUUUUGUUUGUUGUUGUUUUUUUUUUUUAUAAUUUUGAGGUCUUUGUGUUCAUGGAGAGCUAUUAUAUUUUGUUAAGAAAGUGGGGGGAAAAAACCAAGAGGCCACUGUGCCUUUAUAAAGAAACAAAAUAAAGUUUGUACUUUGUUUUUUAGAUUCUGUGUCUCCUGGUACAUGCUGUCCUGAGUUGCUGGGGAAGGCUUCCUGGACUAGAGUACAGGAUGCCUUUUGGGCCCACCAGAGGGGACUGGAUGUGGGUGAGCAUGAUGACUCCCCCAACCUGUGUGUGGUGUUGCAGUGAGAAAUUAGGGUCCUCACAUUCUCUGCGAUUACUCGGGGUAUUCUG